CAAAAGUUGUCUAGAUUUUGCCGGAGCACUUGUGGAUCUCUGUCCUUUCAAGAAAUUUUCAAAGAAAAACAGGCUCAAUACAAAGAAGCAAGAGAAAAACGAAAAGCAAAAAUUGACGCUUCCUAUAAAUACAUAUUUCAAGUUCUCAGUAUCAGGCUAGGUUUAGACUUAGAAACUGUGGAAGAAAUGAUUUUGGAUGCCCCUUCGUUGGAAGCCUUUAGUUCUUUUUUUGCCAAGAGAGGAAGUAAAGCAUUAAAAAUUUUCUACCAAGAAGGAGAAGCACCAGGAAUAGAAUGUGGUCGGACAAUUCCAGGAGUUGCAAAAGGAAGUACAAUGAUGCGAUUGUAUGUGGAUGCUACACCAGGCAAAUUCGUAGGACAAUGCUUUUUUUUUGUUCGUUUCAAGAAUGAAAACCCUAUAAAAGUAAAAACUAUACAUGAGGAUAUAUUCUUUGGUGUUUUGGAUGCCACUGAAGGACUCCUAUGUGGAGUUAAGAAUAUGAUACAAAAGAUUUUUCUCCCUGCCAUCCUCAAAACAAGUAAUUGGGGUGCUUUAAGUCAGCGCAAACAGGACACAAAAACCAAACAGAACUACGUGGAAACAAUUAAGAGAUUCAUUUCAUUUCUAGAGGGGGCUAUGAUAAGCAUUGAAGGAACUGUUGAGUUGGAAAAAAUAGAUUACAUUAGCUUUUCUAAACUCCAGUCCUUUGAGAAAGUAGCUGCAGCAGCUAAUAAUCCUGAAGAGGUUCAUCAGCUAGAGGAAAUACUUAUGAUAUGGUAUAGACAAAUUGAGCAGGUUCUGAUUCAGAGUAAGCAGAUGAGGAGAGAAGCUAAUGAUGCAGGUCCACUGACUGAACUACAGCACUGGAAAUCUAUGUCUGCUAAAUUAAAUUCUAUUAUUGAGCAGGUCAAAGGACCAAACUGCAAAGCUGUCAUUAACGUGCUGAAUGUUGCACAUUCUAAAAUACUACAGAUGUGGCGAGAGUUAGAAGCCAGAAUCACAGAUGCAGCAAAUGAAGCAAAAGAUAAUGUGAAAUACUUAGGCAUACUUGAAAAAGUUUGUCAGCCCCUUUAUAACUAUGACCUUGUGUCAAUGACACAUGGAAUACCAAACUUAGUAAAUGCUAUACAAAUGAUUCACCGUGUUUCAAGAUAUUACAAUACUUCUGGGAGAAUGACAUCAUUGUUUAUAAAGGUUACAAAUCAAAUGGUAACAUCUUGUAGAGCAUAUAUUACAGAUAGUGGCUUGACUUGUGUCUGGGAUCAGGAGACAUCAACAGUCAUUGGAAAAAUUAAGGAAUGCAUGGUUUUAUUGAAAGAAUACCAGAAAUUCUUUCAUAAAACAAAGCAAGAGAUUUUGGCAACUCUAGGAGAAAAGUCAUUUGAAGUAUCAGAAAUGUACAUUUUUGGACAAUCUGAAGCUUUUUGUAGGAGAUUAGAAAAAAUUACAGAGAUGAUAACUAUAGUACAAACUUUUAAUUCACUGAGUCUGUCUACCAUUGAAGGGAUAGAUAGUAUGGCAGUAGAAUUCAAAAAUAUCUACCAAAGCAUUCAAAAGAAACAAUAUGACAUUCUCGAUCCACGAAAAACAGACUUUGAUGUAGAUUUUGUGGACUUCCUCACUAAAGUUGAAGGUUUAGAGAUGCAUAUACAGGCAUUUAUGCGUACCUGUUUUGAGAGAAUUUUGUCUUCACAAGAUGCGCUUCAGUUACUUCAAAGGUUUCAAGAGCUGAAAUUGACAUGCCUUCAAGAAGAAACAGUACGUACAGUUGGUUGUAUUCUUCAACAUUAUGUAGCAGAACUUGAAUCUAUUGAAAAGCGUUACCAAAUUCAGAAAAAUGACCCUCCUCUUGGUCGAAACAUGCCACCUGUUGCAGGAAGGAUACUGUGGGCGAGACAGCUUUUCAGAAGGAUAAAUGAACCAAUCAAUUAUUUCCAUAAAAAUUCAAAUAUCUUGACAAGUCCAGAAGGUAAAGCAGUUGUUCGGUUAUACAACAAAAUUGCCUAUGUAUUAGUGGAAUUUGAGGUAAUCUAUCAUGAAGCCUGGAAGAAGGAAAUAUCACACUUACAGUAUCCCUCACAGGCCACAAUAUUUCUGCAGCAUCCUAGAACUGGGAAGUUCCUGGUUAAUUUUGAUCCCAAAAUUCCAGAGAUUAUCCGAGAGACCAAAUGUAUGAUGAAGAUGGAUCUUCAAGUACCAGAGCAAGCAAUAAAGAUAGUAAAAAUAGAAAAUAAACUAAUGUCAAACAAGUUGCGUUUAGAGGGUCUUCUCAGAUGUUAUGAAGAUUUGUGUCAAAAAACACCAAUGAGUUUUGUAAAUCUAAUGGCCCCAAAAAUGAAUAAGAUGGAAACUGUGUUGAGGCAAGGACUUACCAUGUUCACUUGGUCAUCUGUGACACUGGAAAUUUUCUUUCAAGAAGCUGAUCAGGUUUUGUGUAUGUUUAAAGAGUUUUUGAAAAAGGUUACUGAUUUAAGUGAAGCUCAGAUUUUUUCAAUAUUAAGAGAGAUAUCAAAUACUCUUCUAAUUGUAUUACCAGUAGAAGAUCCCAUUAAAGUAGAGGAUAUGUUGACCUCCAAUGAAGCUUAUACUAAAGAUUGUGCUGAGUUAUUGAACCACAAAAGCAUGCACAUUGAAGAUGCUGUUCAAGAACUAGUAUCUAUAUUUAAACAGAAUUAUGAAAUUGAACAUCCUAAGAAAACCUCAGAAAGCUCCAUUUUACCAGUAAAAGAAAAGCAUAUAAUGUUUGGAGAUAAUGAAAAUGAGAGCAAAAAGAGUACUUCUGCACCUUCUCAUGGUAAAGAAGAUGAAUUUAAAAAGAAAUCUGAAGAGUUGAUUGCCUAUUUUAGUUACCAGCUGCUAGACAGCCUCCAGAAAGCCACCCGACUGUCUUUGGAUAGUCUGAAAAAAAGAAUAUUUGUUUCAACGUAAGUUGCAAAUGAAAGCAAAUCUCAAGAGGUAGCUUCUCUUCUAAAAGUUGAAUUACACCUUGCUGUUCCCAAUGUGAUAAUGGUCCCCAGUUUAGAUGAUAUACAGCAAGCUAUCAAUCACAUGAUUCAAUUAAUACUGGAAGUAAAUCGUGGAGUUGCUCAAUGGGGACAGAAGCAUUUGCAAAAAUCUAUAUUAAAACCAGAAGCAAGCAAACAGCAAUUAUCCUCAGCAGGAUUACCAGGACAAGUAAAAAAAAAAAAGGAAAAAGUAGCUGAAGGUGAUCUUGCCAGACAGCUAAGAAAUUUUUACUCAGGUGUUGCAGAAUACGAAGAUGUUUCUAAACUAGUUAUGCUUCUGUCUUCUUCUGUGAAUUCUCUAAGAGAAGUAGCUAGUGAAGUUCUGAAGGACUUUCAGAAAUAUAAGAUGCUAUGGACAGAAGAUAAAGACGAGAAAGUUCAGCAAUUUUUUGCUGGCUGUCCAUCUCUGACUGAAAUUAAAGAAGAAAUACUUCGCUAUGCAAAGCUGGAAGAAGAGAUGAAAAAUUUGAACGCUACUAUUUCUCUUGGUCCAAUUGAAUUGCAUACAGGACCACUGCGAACAGCUUUAGCAAGUGAAGCCAAAACCUGGAAGAUGCUCCUAUGUCAUUAUUUAAAUGAGGAAUAUAAAAAGAAAAUGACAGACAUGACAUUGUUCAUAACUGAAUAUUUAAAGAAAAUGUCUCGACCUCUGCAUGACUUAGAUGAUAUCAGAUUUGCAAUGGAAGCUUUAUCUGUUAUACGUGAUAAAGAAAUAGAAAUAGAUAUGACUCUGGGACCUAUUGAAGAAGCCUAUGCCAUUUUAAAUACAUGUGAAAUUAAGGUUACAAAAGAAGAAUCGGAAGGAGUUGACUCACUCAGAUAUUCUUUUAAGAAACUACAGAAAAAAGCUACCAGAGUUCAAGAUGAGUUGGUUCAAGUUCAGCCCAAAUUUAAGACUAAUUUGCUAGAAUCAGUCACAGUUUUUCGGGAUGAUUUGUCAAACUUUGAAAUAUCAUAUGAAACAGAAGGACCUAUGGUUCCAAAUAUUCCACCUCAGGAAGCCAGUAAUAGACUACAGAUCUUUCAGGCUAACUUUGAUGACCUGUGGAGAAAGUUUAUCACAUACUCAUCUGGUGAACAGUUGUUUGGAUUGCCUGUCACAGAGUAUCCAGUUUUGCAUAAAGUGAGGAAGGAGUUAGGCUUGCUUCAGAAGUUGUAUGGGUUAUAUGAUACUGUAAUAAACAGUAUCAAAGGUUAUUAUGAGAUACUUUGGACAGAUGUAGAUAUUGAAAAAAUUAAUGCUGAACUUCUAGAUUUUCAAAACAGGUGUCAUAGACUGCCGAAAGCACUGAAACACUGGCAAGCAUUUUUAGAUCUCAAGGAAAAAAUUGAUAGUUUUAGUGAGUCUUGUCCUCUGUUGGAAAUGAUGACCAACAAAGCAAUGAAGCAAAGACACUGGGAUCGUAUUGCUGAAACAACAGGACAUCAAUUUGAUGUAGAAUCUGAUACCUUUUGCCUUCGAAACAUCAUGGAAGCACCAAUUCUUAAAAAUAAAGAUGAUAUUGAGGAUAUAUGCAUAUCUGCUACAAAGGAAAAGGAUAUAGAAGCAAAACUUUCUCAAGUAGCUGAGAUUUGGGAUAGCCAAGUUCUGAGCUUCUCACAAUUCAAGGGGAGAGGAGAGUUAAUGUUGAAGGGAACUGAAUCAUCAGAAAUUAUAACGUUAAUGGAGGAUAGUUUAAUGAUUCUUGGCUCUUUACUGACCAAUAGAUACAAUGCUCCAUUUAAAAAGGACAUUCAGAGCUGGGUUUAUAAACUAAGCAGCUCUACAGACAUAAUUGAAGAAUGGCUGGUUGUGCAGAACCUCUGGGUUUAUCUUGAAGCUGUUUUUAUAGGAGGAGAUAUUGCAAAACAGUUACCCCAGGAAGCAAAGCGUUUUCAGAAUAUUGACAAAUCAUGGAUAAGAAUAAUGCAACGAGCUCAUGAAAUCCCAAAUGUAGUAGAAUGCUGUGUUGGAGAUGAGACUAUGCAGCAACUUCUGCCUUAUUUACAUGAACAGUUGGAAGUAUGUCAGAAAUCACUUACAGGAUAUUUAGAGAAGAAAAGGCUACUGUUUCCUAGAUUCUUUUUUGUUUCUGAUCCUGUACUUCUUGAAAUUCUUGGACAAGCAAGUGAUUCUCAUACAAUUCAGCCGCAUCUUCCUUCCAUAUCUGACAAUAUAAAUGAAGUAGAAUUUCACAAGAAGGAUUAUGAUCGCAUGCUGGCAGUCAUAUCAAGAGAAGGAGAAAAAAUUCCACUCGACACUCCAGUGAUUGCAAAAGGACCCGUAGAACUUUGGUUGCAGGAUUUAUUGCAUGUGCAGAAGAUGUCGUUGCAUGGCAUAAUUAGGAAGGCAUUUUACCAAAUUAGUGACCCAGGAUAUCACUUGCUGAAUUUUAUUAAUCAAUUCCCAGCACAGGUUGGGUUACUGGGAAUUCAGAUGUUGUGGACAAAUGAUUCAGAAGAAGCUCUACAGAAUGCUAAAGAGGACAGAAAAAUCAUGCAAAUAACCAACAUGAGAUUUCUUGAGAUUCUAAAUAUGUUGAUUAGCCAGACAACACUUGAUCUUUCCAAGUAUGACAGAGUGAAAUAUGAAACGCUUAUUACCAUUCAUGUGCAUCAGCGUGAUAUUUUUGAUGGUUUGGUAAAAAUGCACAUCACAUCACCAACUGAUUUUGAAUGGUUAAAGCAGUCUAGAUUCUACUUUAAAGAGGAUUUUGAUCAUGUAAUAGUAUCCAUUACAGAUGUUGAUUUUGUUUACCAAAAUGAAUUUCUGGGUUGCACUGAUCGUCUGGUUAUAACACCUCUUACAGACAGGUGCUAUAUAACGUUAGCACAGGCUUUGGGAAUGAACAUGGGAGGAGCUCCAGCAGGGCCAGCUGGAACUGGUAAAACAGAAACAACGAAAGACAUGGGAAAAGCUCUGGGAAAAUACGUAGUAGUCUUCAACUGCUCUGAUCAAAUGGACUUCAGAGGUUUGGGUAGGAUUUUCAAAGGUCUUGCACAGUCUGGAUCUUGGGGAUGUUUUGAUGAAUUCAACCGAAUUGAGUUGCCUGUCUUGUCAGUAGCAGCACAACAAAUCUUUAUUAUUUUAACAGCAAGGAAAUUAAAAAAAAAGCAGUUCAUUUUUUCUGAUGGAGACUGUGUGGAUUUAAAUCCAGAAUUUGGAAUUUUCCUAACAAUGAAUCCUGGGUAUGCUGGACGUCAAGAACUACCAGAAAAUCUCAAAAUGCAGUUUAGAAGUGUUGCUAUGAUGAUUCCAGAUAGACAGAUAAUUAUAAGAGUUAAGCUAGCAAGCUAUGGAUUUAUUGAUAAUGUGGUCUUGUCUCAGAAAUUCUUUGUUCUUUAUAAACUUUGCGAGGAACAGCUCACUAAGCAGGUCCAUUAUGACUUUGGUCUGAGGAAUGUCCUUUCAGUACUGAGAACUCUUGGAACUCAAAAGAAGGCCAGGCCAAAUGAAAGUGAACUAAGUAUUGUUAUGAGAGGGCUAAGAGAUAUGAAUCUUUCUAAGCUGAUAGAUGAAGAUGAGCCUUUGUUUCUCAGUCUUAUCAGUGAUCUCUUUCCGGGCUUACAGUUGGACAGUAGUACCUAUGUUAAGCUUCAGGCGGCAGUGGCUAAUCAGGUUGAAGAGGCAGGAUUGAUUAACCAUCCACCAUGGAAUCUUAAACUUAUUCAGUUGUAUGAAACUUCUCUAGUACGUCAUGGAUUGAUGACACUUGGACCAAGUGGAUCUGGAAAAACAACGGUCAUAACUAUAUUAAUGAAAGCAUUGACAGAAUGUGGCCAGCCUCAUAGGGAAAUGCGUAUGAACCCCAAAGCUAUAACGGCUUCUCAAAUGUUUGGAAAACUAGAUGCUGCAACUAAUGAUUGGACAGAUGGAAUCUUUUCCACAUUGUGGAGGAAAACACUGAAAGCUAAAAAGGGUGAAAAUGUGUUUCUGGUUUUAGAUGGUCCUGUAGAUGCAAUCUGGAUUGAGAAUCUAAAUUCAGUUUUGGAUGAUAACAAGACCCUGACUCUAGCAAAUGGAGAUCGAAUUCCUAUGUCUCCUACAUGUAAACUGUUAUUUGAGGUUCACAACAUUGAGAAUGCCUCUCCGGCAACAGUUUCUCGAAUGGGUAUGGUCUAUAUCAGUUCUUCUGCUCUCAGCUGGAGACCAAUAUUGCAAGCAUGGCUGAAAAAACGUUCUUCUCAAGAAAAUGAAGUUUUACAAAGUUUGUAUGACAGAGUCUUUGAACCAGUGUAUACAUACAUGAAACUAAACCUUAAUCCAAAAAUGGAGCUUCUGGAAUGUAACUACAUUAUGCAGUCUAUUAAUCUUCUGGAGGGUUUGAUUCCAUCGAAGGAAGAAGGUGGUUUAUCAGAUAUAUCUCAUCUGCAUAAAUUGUUCUGCUUUGCAAUAAUGUGGAGUUUAGGUGCCCUUCUGGAGCUGGAAAGUAGAAAUAAACUUGAAGCCUUCAUUAGAGCUCAUGAUAACAAAUUAGACUUACCAGAAAUCUCUCCUGGUACCGGUCAAACGAUGUUUGAGUUUUAUGUUUCUGGUCAUGGUCACUGGGAGCACUGGAGUAAAAGAGUUCAGGACUAUGUUUAUCCAACAGAUAGUAUCCCAGAAUAUGCAUCUAUUCUGGUUCCAAAUGUUGACAAUGUCACAACUGAGUUUUUGAUAAACACAAUUGCAAAACAACAGAAAGCAGUUUUGCUCAUAGGAGAACAGGGAAGUGCAAAGACAGUCAUGAUUAAUGCAUAUAUGAAGAAAUACAACGCAGAAGAGCAUUUGUCAAAAAGUUUAAACUUUUCCUCUGCCACAGAACCAUGUAUGUUUCAGAGGACAAUAGAGAGUUAUGUGGACAAACGUGCUGGAAGUACUUACGGACCUCCUGGGGGCAGAAAAAUGACUGUUUUUAUUGAUGAUAUCAGUAUGCCAUUUAUCAAUGAAUGGGGAGAUCAGAUAACAAAUGAAAUUGUUCGUCAGAUGAUGGAAAUGAAAGGAAUGUACAGUCUAGAUAAACCUGGAGACUUCAUUACAAUUGUAGAUAUUCAGUUAAUAGCUGCAAUGAUACAUCCUGGAGGAGGUCGUAAUGAUAUUCCCCAGCGUUUAAAAAGACAGUUUUCUGUAUUCAAUUGUACAUUGCCAUCCAAUGCAUCCAUUGACAAAAUUUUUGGUAUUAUUGCCUGUGGAUACUUUAAUUCCUGUAGAAAUUUCAACCCUGAAGUAUGUGCUAUGGUGGAAAAAUUGGUCCCAACAAGUAGAAUACUGUGGCAGCAGACAAAGGCAAAGAUGCUGCCUACACCAUCUAAAUUCCACUAUAUCUUCAACCUUCGUGACCUUUCUAGAAUUUGGCAAGGAAUGUUAAAUAUAAAGGCAGAAGAAUGCAACAGCACCAGUGUCCUUGUAACCCUUUUUAAACAUGAAUGUACCAGAGUGAUUGCUGACAGAUUUAUUACUCCUGAAGAUAGAGCCUGGUUUGAUAAAGCUAUUAUUAAAGCAGUUGAGGAAAAUGUGGAUACAAGCAUAAUAGAAGAUAUCCAAGCUGAACCAUAUUUUGUAGAUUUUUUACGGGAUAUUCCUGAACCAACUGGUGAUGAACCUGAUGAUUUUGUGUUUGAAGCACCAAAAAUUUAUGAGAAGGUUCCAAGCUUUGAAUUUCUUUGUGAAAAAUUGCAAAUGUAUCAGAGACAAUACAAUGAAUUUAUUAAAGGAUCAUCUCUUGAUUUGGUGUUUUUUAAGGAUGCAAUGACACAUCUUGUUAAGAUUUCCCGAAUAAUUCGGACAGCAUAUGGGAAUGCUUUACUGGUUGGAGUUGGUGGUUCUGGAAAACAAAGUCUUUCAAAGUUGGCCUCCUUUAUUGCUGGCUAUAAUAUAUUUCAGAUCACCUUAACCAGAGCCUAUAAUGUAACCAAUCUUUUAGAAGAUUUAAAAUUUUUAUAUAGAACAGCUGGAGUGGAAGCACAAGGUAUCACUUUUAUUUUCACUGAUAAUGAAAUAAAAGAGGAGUCAUUUUUGGAAUAUAUAAAUAAUCUACUGUCUUCAGGAGAGAUUUCAAAUUUAAUUCCUCGGGAUGAAAUGGAUGAAAUCACCCAAGGAUUAAUAGCUGAGAUGAAAAAAGAGAUGCCUCGGUGUCCUCCUACCUAUGAUAAUCUUUAUGAAUAUUUUUUAAGUCGGGUAAAGAAGAACUUGCAUGUUAUCCUCUGCUUUUCUCCAGUUGGUGAGAAGUUCCGUACACGUUCUUUGAAAUUUCCUGGUCUCAUAUCAGGGUGCACAAUGGAUUGGUUCAGCCGAUGGCCCAGGGAAGCUCUUGUAGCUGUAUCCAGUUACUUUCUUUCAGAAUUUAGUAUGGUUUGCUCUGCAUCAGUUAAAACAGAAGUUGUGGAAACCAUGGGUCUAUUUCAUGAUGUAGUUUCAGAAAGCUGUGAGGAUUAUUUCCAAAGGUUUCGAAGAAGAACCUAUGUAACACCUAAAUCCUAUCUCUCUUUCAUCAAUGGCUACAAAGAAAUUUAUGCUGAAAAGUUGGGGAGUAUUAAUGAACAAGCAGAACGUAUGCAAAUUGGUCUGUCUAAGUUGAUGGAGGCCAGUGAAUCUGUUGCUAAACUCUCUAAGGAGCUGGCACUUAAGGAGAAGGAACUAGCUGUGGCAUCUGUUAAGGCAGAUGAGGUGCUAGCAGAAGUCACGGUAAGUGCUGGAGCUGCAUCUAAAGUAAAAAAUGAAGUCCAAGGUGUGAAAGAUAAAGCACAAAAAAUUGUAGAUGAAAUUGAUGUAGAAAAAGUGAAAGCGGAGACUAUACUGGAGGCUGCUAAACCAGCAUUAGAAGAAGCAGAAGCUGCACUGAAUACCAUCAAACCAGCGGAUAUUGCUACUGUUAGAAAACUUGCAAAGCCUCCUCACCUAAUUAUGAGGGUCAUGGACUGUUGUCUGCUGCUAUUCCAAAAACCAGUAGAUCCAGUUACCAUGGAUGCAGAAAAGUCUUGCUGCAAGCCGUCAUGGGGAGAAUCGUUAAAAUUUAUGAGUGGUCCAUUCUUGCAGAGUCUGCAGCAGUUUACUAAGGAUUCAAUGAAUGAAGAGACAAUAGAAUUAGUCCAGCCUUACUUUAACAUGGAAGACUAUACACUAGAGCAUGGUACAAAGGUGUGUGGUAAUGUGGCAGGGCUUCUCUCUUGGACACAAGCCAUGGCAAGAUUUUAUGCUGUUAACAAAGAAGUCUUACCUCUUAAGGCUAACUUGGCAGAACAGGAAGACCGCCUGAAAGUAGCUAAUGCAGAGUUAGCAGAGGCUCAGGCAGUUUUAAAUGAAAAACAAGCUGAAUUGGAUAAAGUGCAAGCAAAGUUUGAUGCAGCAAUGAAGGAGAAAAUGGACUUACUGAAUGAUGCAGAAACAUGUAGAAGAAAGAUGCAAGCAGCCUCUACGCUUAUAGAUGGACUAAGUGGAGAGAAAGUCAGGUGGACUCAGCAAAGUAAAGAAUUUAAAUCUCAGAUUAACAGACUUGUGGGAGAUGUACUGCUCUGCACAGGUUUUCUUUCAUACUGUGGACCUUUUAAUCAAAACUUCAGGGAUUUUUUGCUUAAAGAUUUAUGGGAAACUGAGAUGAGAGCCCAUAAAAUCCCCUUUACUGAAAAUUUGAACCUGAUUUCUAUGCUGGUAGAUCCACCAACAAUUAGUGAGUGGAAUAUUCAAGGGCUGCCUGGAGAUGAUUUCUCAAUUCAGAAUGGUAUCAUUGUCACUAAAUCAGCUAGAUACCCACUUUUGAUAGACCCACAAUCUCAAGGAAAAACAUGGAUUAAAAAGAAAGAAAAGGAUAAUGAUUUACUGGUAACAACUUUGAAAGACAAGUAUUUCCGUACACACCUAGAAGAUAGUCUUUCACUGGGACGAGCACUUGUGAUUGAAAAUAUAGGUGAAGAGUUGGAUCCAGUCCUUGAUAAUGUAUUAGAAAAGAAUUUCAUGAAAUCUGGAACUUCUUUUAAGGUGAAAGUUGGUGAUAAGGAAGUAGAUAUUAUGAAUUCAUUUAGACUGUACAUUACUACAAAGCUACCCAAUCCUGCUUUCACACCUGAAAUUAAUGCAAAAACAUCGAUUAUUGAUUUUACCGUUACAGUGAAAGGACUUGAGAAUCAGUUGCUAAGAAGAGUAGUCCUUACUGAAAAACAGGAGCUAGAGGCAGAACGAAUUGCACUCAUGGAAGAUGUAACUUCAAAUAAGAGGAAGAUGAAAGAACUGGAAGACAAUCUUCUGUACAAACUAAGUGCAACCAAAGGUUCACUAGUAGAUGAUGAAUCGUUGAUUGGUGUUCUGCAAACAACUAAGCUAACAGCUGCUGAAGUAGCUGAAAAGUUGGCUGUGGCAGCAGAAACUGAAGUGAAAAUUAACACUGCUCAGGAGGAAUAUCGACCUGCUGCUACACGCGGAAGCAUUCUUUAUUUUCUCAUUACAGCAAUGAGCAUGGUCAAUAAUAUGUAUCAAACUUCACUGGCUCAGUUCUUGAAGAUAUUUGAUCAAUCCAUGGCCAAAUCUGGGAAGUCUCCUGUACCUCAGAAAAGAGUCUCAAAUAUUAUUGAGUAUCUUACCUUUGAAAUUCACUCAUAUUCUGUUAGAGGCUUGUACAAAAAUCACAAAUUCCUCUUUACCCUUUUAAUGACAUUAAAAAUUGAUCUUGAGAGAGAAUAUGUGAAAACCCAAGAGUUCCAUACAUUCAUUAAGGGAGGUGCAGCACUGGAUCUACAAGCUUGCCCACCCAAACCAUUCCACUGGAUUCUUGACAUGACAUGGCUAAACCUAGUGGAACUGAGCAAACUCCCACAGUUUGCAGAAAUUUUGGAUCAGGUAUCUUCUAAUGAGAAGCAAUGGAAAAGCUGGUUUGAUAAAGAUGCUCCUGAGGAAGAGAUUAUACCUAAUCGAUAUAGUGAUUCACUUGAUAUCUUUCGCAAGCUUUUACUCAUCCGGUCUUGGUGUCCAGAUCGAACCCUUUCCCAAGCCAGGAAAUAUAUUGCAAAUUCCUUGAGUGAGAAAUACACGGAGCCAUUCAUUUUGAAUUUAGAAGAAACAUGGGGAGAAAGUGACACACGGUCACCUCUCAUCUGUUUCUUGUCUAUGGGAUCUGACCCAAGUAUGCAGAUUGAAUCCUUGGCUAGGAAGCUUAAAUUAGAAUGUGUGACCAUCUCUAUGGGUCAAGGACAAGAAGUUCAUGCACGCAAAUUCAUACAGGCAUCAGUGCAACAGGGAGGCUGGGUAUUACUUCAGAAUUGUCAUCUUGGGCUGGAUUUCAUGGAUGAACUGCUGGAGACACUUCUUACUAUUGAGAUACAGAAUGAGACGUUUCGAGUUUGGAUAACUACUGAGCCACAUCCUAAAUUCCCAAUUGCACUGCUACAGAUUGCUAUAAAGUUUACAAAUGAACCUCCCUAUGGUAUACGUGCUGGAUUGCAAAGAACAUUUUCUGGAAUUAAUCAGGAUCUGUUAGAUGUUAGCAACUUGCCUAUGUGGAAACCUUUGCUUUACACUGUAGCUUUCCUGCAUUCUAUUGUUCAGGAACGACGCAAGUUUGGACCUUUGGGUUGGAAUAUCCCCUAUGAAUUUAACUCAUCAGACUUUAGAGCCAGUGUUCAGUUUAUACAAAAUCACUUAGAUGACUGUGACAUCAAGAAGGGGAUAUCAUGGAACGCAGUACGCUACAUGAUUGGAGAAGUACAGUAUGGAGGCCGAGUCACAGAUGACUUUGAUAAGCGUCUUCUUAAUUGCUAUGCAAAGGUAUGGUUUAAUGAAAAGAUGUUUGACAGCACUUUCUGUUUUUACCCUGGAUAUAAAAUUCUAGUGUGCAAAACCCUGGCACAGUAUUUGGAAUGCAUUCAGUUACUCCCUUCAAUGGACUGUCCCAUGGUCUUUGGUCUUCACGGCAAUGCUGAUAUUAUAUACCAAAGUAAUACAGCAGCUGAUGUUUUAGACACUAUUACCAACAUUCAGCCUAAAGAAGGUGGUGCAGGAGCUGGAGAAACUCGUGAAGCAAUUGUUUAUCGUUUAGCUGAAGACAUGCUAGAGAAACUUCCUCCAGAUUACAUACCUCAUGAGGUAAAAGCUCGUUUAAUUAAAAUGGGACACCUUAACCCUAUGAAUAUUUUUCUCCGGCAAGAAAUUGACCGAAUGCAAAAGGUGAUCACAAUAGUCCGCAGCAGUUUGAAUGAUCUUAAAUUAGCCAUAGAAGGAACUAUUGUUAUGAGUGAGAAUUUGAAAGAUGUACUUGAUAAUAUGUUUGAUGCUCGAAUUCCUCAAGGAUGGAAAAGAGUAGCUUGGGAUUCUUCAACACUUGGCUUCUGGUUUACUGAACUUUUGGAAAGAAAUACUCAGUUAUCUACUUGGAUAUUUGGAGGAAGACCAAAUGUAUUUUGGAUGCCUGGAUUCUUUAAUCCACAAGGAUUCCUUACAGCAAUGAGACAAGAAGUAACUCGAGCACAUAAGGGCUGGGCUUUAGAUGCCGUUACAAUACAUAAUGAAGUGCUAAAGCAAAACAAAGAAGAAAUCACAGCACCUCCUUCUGAAGGAGUAUAUGUAUAUGGGCUAUACCUGGAAGGUGCAGGCUGGGACAAACGAAAUAGCAAACUCAUUGAAUCUACACCAAAGAUUCUUUUUGUUCAGCUGCCUGUGUUGCAUAUAUAUGCUGUUAAUACAACCAGUCCUAAAGAUCCCAAGCUCUAUGUUUGUCCACUUUACAAGAAGCCCAGGAGGACAGAUCUGAACUAUAUUACAGAGAUCUACUUAAGGACAACCGUGACUCCAGACCACUGGAUAUUGAGAGGAGUGGCUCUCCUUUGUGACAUCAAGUAA